AUGGAAUUGAAUUUAAUACAAAACAGUACGAAAAGAGGAGCGAACGCCUCGAAUAACUUAAUUUCUGCUGUGCCGCCCGUCAAACGUGGCCAGCCUCCACCAUCUACCGCUGCUGCACAGCCCGUCGGACGUGGCCAGCCUCCAACAUCUACCGCUGCUGCACAGCCCGUCGGACGUGGCCAGCCUUCAACAUCUGCCGCUACUGCUCCGCCUGUGGGCCGGGGCCAGCCACCUACAUCAGCCGCUACUGCUCCGCCCGUUACAUCAGCCGCUACUGCUCCGCCCGUGGUAGGUGGCCAACAUCCGCCACCAGCAGCUGCUGCUCCACCCGUGGGCCGUGGCAAACCACCAACAUCCGCAGCUGCUAUUGCUCCGCCCGUGGUACGUGGCCAACAUCCGCCACCAGCAGCUGCUGCUCCGCCCGUGGGCCGUGGCAAACCACCAACAUCCGCAGCUGCUAUUGCUCCGCCCGUGGUACGUGACCAACAUCCGCCAGCAGCAGCUGCUGCUCCGCCCGUGGGCUGUGGCAAACCACCAACAUCCGUAGCUGCUAUUGCUCCGCCCGUGGUACGUGGCCAACAUCCGCCACCAGCAGCUGCUGCUCCGCUCGUGGGCCGAGGACAACCACCAACAUCCACAGCUGCUAUUGCUCCGCCCGUGGUAAGUGGCCAACAUCCGCCACCAGCAGCUGCUGCUCCGCCCGUGGGCCGUGGAAAACCACCAACAUCCGCAGCUGCUAUUGCUCCGCCCGUGGUACGUGGCCAACAUCCGCCACCAGCAGCUGCUGCUCCGACCGUGGUACGUGGCCAACAUCCGCCACCAGCAGCUGCUGCUCCGCCCGUGGUACGUGGCCAACAUCCGCCACCAGCAGCUGCUGCUCCGCCCGUGGUACAUGGCCAACAUCCGCCACCAGCAGCUGCUGCUCCGCCCGUGGUACGUGGCCAACAUCCAUAA